UACCUCUUUCGUUACUUUUAUUCGCUUUGAUAACAAUUGAACUCCCUUGCGCUCGAACAAAAAGUUAAGAAAGAGUAGAAAGAAAUUGUCUUGGAUCAAGGACUAUAUCAUGUCUUCCUCUUCUUCAUUUUCUCUCAUUACCUUCGGCCAAAACGCCUCACCAACGCUGCAACAAAGGCUCCAAUUCAUCAUCGUCCAAAGCAGGCCUAAAUGGUGGGUAUACUCCAUUUUCUGGCAAGCUUCCAGGGAUGCUCAUGGCCAACUUGUUUUAUCAUGGGGUGAUGGAUAUUUUCGGGGAACCAGGGACUUUACAGGAAAAUCCAGCAAUAAGCUAAGCCAACCCAAAUUCGUGUCCAAUUUUGAGAGAAAAAGGUCGGGCAAAGAGGUGCAAGCUCUUUUCAGUGAAGAGAUGGACAUGGACAGAAUGGUGGAUGGCGAUGUCACUGACUACGAGUGGUUUUACACCGUAUCAAUUACCCGAUCCUUCGCUAUAGGAGAUGGCAUUCUUGGGAAGGCUUUCGGGUCAGGCUCCUAUAUUUGGUUGAGUGGAGAUCAGGAACUCCAAUUGUACGAUUGUGAGCGAGUUAGAGAAGCUCGAAUGCGAGGAAUUCAGACAUUAGUCUGUCUUUCGACUUCCUUUGGGGUAGUUGAAUUGGGAUCUUCUGAAAUGAUCAAAGAAGACUGGGCCAUGGUGCAACUUGCAAAAUCAAUUUUUGGUUCUGAUAUCAACAGUCUGGGUUCAAAGCAACCUGGCCAAGAAUCUCAGGUCCAAAUUUCAACCCAAAGUGUUCCUUUUCUUGAUUUCGGAAUGGUUUCAGGUGAUCAAAAGGAGUGGAUUCUUGAAGAGAAGCAACAAGGUGAGACCAAGAAAGAUACUACCGGUUUAGGCCGCUGGUCAUCAGACUCCGGUGCUGAUUCUGACGGUAAUUUUGCCUCUGCAGACACGGAGUGUAAUGCCUGGUUGAAGAAGAGAGGGAGAAAGCCGGGAAGUGGAAAAGAAUCCCCUUUAAACCACGUGGAAGCAGAGAGGCAACGCCGUGAGAGACUGAAUCAUCGAUUCUAUGCACUUCGAUCUGUGGUUCCUAAUGUGUCCAAGAUGGACAAAGCAUCUUUGCUUUCAGAUACAGUAGCCUACAUCAAGGAGCUCAAAUCUAAGAUUGAUGAACUGCAGACAAAACUCCAAGCACAAUCGCAAAGAUCCAAGUCGUAUGCGAUCAAUGUUUUUGACAAUCAAAUUAGUACAACAUCUUCAUUUGACAAUACAAGGCCAUUCUCUAAUUACGGGCCAAAGACAAUGGCAGUUUGUGUCAAGAUUAUUGGAUCCGACGCCAUGAUUCGGGUUCAAUGUCCUGAUGUCAAUUAUCCGGCUGCAAGAUUGAUGGAUGCUCUUAGAGACCUAGAGCUUCAUAUACACCAUGCCAGCGUAUCACACGUGAACGAGCUGGUGCUUCAAGAUGUUGUUGUCAGAGUUCCUACGGGAUUUAUAAGCGAGGAGGUGCUGAGGACCGCUAUCCUUCAGAGAUGCAGAUUGAACUAGCAAGCUCUCCAGUGAGGAUAUCAAGCAGUCCUUUGUUUUUCUUUCUUUGUAUGGAUUAUCAUGAAGCCACAUAUAUGUAACAUUACUACUUGUUCUCUUCUUUUCGUUCUUUCUUGUCCUUUUUUCGCUUCUAAGUGAAAGCAUAUUCUUCUUGGCUUUGUUUACUUUUUUAUGAUCAAUAUUCUUCUUGUUCAAAUGUGUAUGAGCUAGUUAAUUCACCUUUCCAACAUGUUCCAGGAGUGCGCACCCAGUGAUGAAGCAAUUGAUAUAUGUUCUUAGUAUUUCGUAGUGCAAUUAUUAUAUGCUUGGAAGUCCCUAGGCUCCCUCAUGGUGAGAGAUAAGCUUCAUUACGGGAAUUGGCACAAGCUAAUCUGCUUUAAAAACUUCAUUUUCCUGGCCUAACUAGCUAACUAUAUGCAUGUUUGAAUAUGUUUGAAUAAUUAAAACAUAAAAUAUUAGUACUUUUGUUGAUCACAC